AUGGCCACCCAAAAGACGCAUGAACAAGGCGUAUAUGUCGUUCCAGACGUUACAAUAAAGCAACUGCUCAACGCUAUCCCCGCUCACUGUUUCAAGCGGUCGGCACUGCGUUCCUCAGUCUACAUGUUUUGGAAUAUGUUCGUCGUCCUGGCUUGCUACCAAGCAGCCAAACUAGCGGAUGCGUUCGUUAACCCGCAAACCCUCUCGCUUCCGCAUCCCGCUCUUUAUCCUUUUGCUCGUUUCUCUAUCUGGGCUCUCUAUGGAUUCUGGGCGGGUCUUUUCGCCACUGGUCUUUGGGUCGUGGCACACGAGGCUGGACAUCAAGCAUUUUCUGAGUCCAAGACCAUCAACAACACUGUCGGUUGGAUUCUUCAUUCUGCACUCGGUGUCCCGUACCACUCCUGGAGAAUUACCCAUGCUAAACACCACGCUUCGACUGGCCAUAUGACGCAGGACCAGGUCUUUGUUCCCCGAACACGCUCUCAAAUGGGUCUCCCACCUCUCGACCCUAAGCGUGACGACCUGCUUGGCGCCAACGUGUCUGAGGAGGUCAAGAAAGAAAUGUGGGAGGCAUUGGGCGACUCUCCUCUUGGGGCAACGUUUGGCUUCAUGUCUUACCUUGUCAUUGGCUGGCCACUUUACCUCAUCAUUAAUGCUUCGGGGCAAGCUCGAUAUCCCAAAGGAACGAAUCACUUCAACCCGAAUGCCGCCAUGUUCUCUCCUCAUCACUACCGUCAAAUUAUAAUGUCUGAUGUUGGUAUCUUCUUGUGGUUUGCGGGUAUUGCCGCUGCAAUCAACACCUGGGGUUGGGCGACAUUUAUGGUCGUGUAUGGAGUGCCUUAUCUCUGGGUAAACCACUGGCUCAUCUUGAUUACCUUCCUUCAGCACACCGACCCUCUUCUUCCUCACUACCGGGCAUCUGAGUUUACUUUCCCUCGUGGAGCUCUCUCGACUCUCGAUCGGAGCCUCAUGGGCGACUUGGGAAGCGUUAUGGGCUGGAUCGGCGCCCAUGCCACUCUUGGUAUCUCGGAAACCCAUCUUCUCCAUCACGUCUGCAGCAAGAUUCCUCACUACAACGCUUGGGAGGCUAGCGCCGCUCUGCGAAAAGUUCUCGAGCCAACGGGAAUCCGUCUGGAUGGCGCCCCGGGCGGCUGGAGUGAAAUGUACCGUGUCUACAAGGAGUGCAAGUUUGUCGAGGACGAAGGCGAUGUCAUCUUCUACAAGAACGCGCACGGGGUUGCUCAAAUGCGUCCCAUGUUCAACGACCUCACCGCCAGCGAUUCGGGUAUUGAGGUCGACAGAUAUUGA